GAUUUGAUCCCACAAGAUUUAAUUUCAUCACAUCAAGUUACAUGCGUUCUCGUUUCCAUCCUCCUCCACGCCGUGCAGGCUAACAUAUUAUUAACGCUUUAGCGGCAUCAUGAUGCACUUCUUCAUCACACUUUCCUUUGUUUCUUCGUCGUGUUCGACGAUUUCUGUCCUUGCUCUCCUAAUCCCUUUCGAUGUCCACGUUCAAACACCUGCUAACAACCCAGCCACCCAUUUCCCUCGCCAAUCGUCUUCCAAUGGCAUAUUACCUGUGGGGAACACGCAAAACUCUUUCUACUACACAAAUAUCAUGCUUGAUGGUCAAAACAUAUCCGUGAUGCUGGAUACGGGAAGCUCUGAUCUAUGGGUGACCGGCUCCAUACCUGGAGCAACAGACACAGGUAGCUCUCUGAAACUUUCAUAUGCUGUUGGAAUGGCUGCUGGCGACAUCUAUACUGCACCUUUCGAAUUUGCUGGGCAAUCUGUCAGCGACCAGGCAUUCCUCCUUGUUGCAAAUGUAUCAUCUUUCUCCACAAAUAUUCAUUCGGAAGGGUAUGACAGUCUCAUCGGCCUUGGCCCAAAUUCUGGUUCCUCGAUAUACAAGAAACUCGACGGAAAUUCGGGGAAUAACCCAAUCAACAGUAUUCUCGAACAAACGUCCUCAAAUGACUACAUAACUAUGAUGCUCAGUCGCAAAGGAGACCCAGGGAGUAAUAUCACUGACCAGUUCACCAUAGGAGAACUCAUUCCAGGAUUCGAGAAUAUUACCAGCAUGCCACAUUUGUCGAUUGAGAAGGUUUACAGAGUGACUGAUGCUGACCAGCAUUGGCAGAUUGUAACAGACAAGAAUAAUGGCAUCAUUGGGCCUGACGGACAGCCGAUCAAAUAUUCAUCGAUUGCCCCCAAGGCUCCUGACGGCACAAUAGUGGGAGUCUUAGACUCUGGCUUCACCCUGCCUCAAGUGCCUCGAACGGUGUCGGACGCCAUCUAUGGGCAUGUACAGGGUGCCAAAUGGUUGGUUGCAAACGAAGCUUGGCUAGUUGCGGGCAACUUAUUAAUGCUACCUUCAAUUUUGGAGGCGUUUCAUAUCCUAUUCACCCACUCAAUGUAUCUUUGGGGCGGCCUUCUCAAUUGGAAACCCUGCUUGCCUGGGAACGUCACUUCUGCAUUUAGUCUUCUUGGAGAGUAUGAUAUGAUUUUGGGAAUGGCUUUCCUGCGGAACACAUACACCCUGAUUAAUUAUGGCAAUUUCAUCACCGGUGGCUCAAAUUCCAAUAGUCCCUACGUCCAAUUGCUCCCGCUCACGAACGUCGAAUCUGCUGUCAACAACUUAAUUCAGGUCCGGCUGAAUGGACAAAACACAAUUAAUUGCCAGAAAACUCGUGUUGCGCUUGCUCGUGCCGUGUAUGCUCACACAAGGUAUGUCCUAUUGGGUGGUCCAUUUGAGCACUGCAGACAGUCAUGCUACCCGGUUCUUGCACGAGAGACUCAUCCACGGACCGUUGAUGGCAACCCAUACGAGAUUCCUGCCGUCCAGAUUCUUAAUGAUCGUGGAGAGUUCUCGGCUUCUAUGGGUGUUCUACCUCCCACGUGGCGACCCUGUGUUCGUCUGCUUCCCUGGUACCGCAAAGGUGGAAUAGCUGUCAAGAAUUUGGCUGGUCUUGCAGUCGCCGCUGUCGCCAAACGUUUUACAACUCCAACUGACCACGUCGACCUCUUGAGUAAGCUGCAAGAGGGGCGUGAUGAUGAGGGAAAUCUCAUGGGAAGAAAGGAGCUCACCGCAGAGGCCCUCACUCAGCUCAUCGCCGGUUCCGACACUACUUCCAACUCGUCAUGUGCCAUCACAUAUUACCUUGCCGCCAAUCCUCCUGUACAGCUCAAGCUCCAGAAAGAGCUUGACGACGCCCUUGGCAGUGAAGAUGAAUAUGUUUCGACCCUUGCGUAUUCAUUCGACAUCGACAGUCAUGCUACCCGGUUCUUGCACGAGAGACUCAUCCGUGGACCGUUGAUGGCAACUUUCACUCGCCACGUAGAGCUCAUGCUGCCUGGCACUUAUUACCUGGAUGACCACAUCGAUACCAAGGGUGCUGUCAACGAUCUCCAUGCGCAGGACAUUCUGGACUUCCCUGAGUUACUUCGUACUAUGUUAGGUCCCUUGUUACAGACUCGACUCACUUACUAA